AUGGAUACGUAUUUUGCUCCUAAUGUGCAAAAAAAUAUUGAAAGUAGAAAGGGUAAAGAGAGACAAACUACGAUAAAUGAGGCAUACAAAAAAGAAUUGAGGGAAAAAGCUUGUAUGACCAUAACUGAUUGGAUGUAUGAUGCGGCGAUUCCUUUUAAUAUCGUUAACUAUUCAAGCUUCAAAAAGAUGUUGGACUUAGUUGGCCAAUAUGGUAUAGGUCUAAAAGGACCUAGUUAUCAUGAGGUGCGGGUUCCUUUUCUAAAAAAAGCUGUUGAUAGUGUGGCAAAUGAUUACAUUAAGUCGUGUGAAACAGAAUGGGCAAAGUAUGGUUGUAGUUUGAUGGCAGAUGGGUGGACAGACAAAAGACAUAUGACAUUGAUUAAUUUUUUAGUGAAUUCUCCUAAAGGUUCAAUUUUCAUCAAAUCAGUUGAUGCUUCUGAUUAUGCAAAGACUGGAGAGAAAAUAUUUCAGUUGCUUGAUCGAUUUGUGGAGCGUGUAGGAGAAGCAACUGUUGUUCAAGUUGUUACGGAUAGUGUAAGUAACAAUGUGCUUGCUGGAAAAUUAUUAGAAGCAAAAAGGUCACACUUGUAUUGGACUCCUUGUGAUGCUCACUGUGUCAACUUGAUCUUAGAAGAUAUUGGGGAAUUGCCUGAUUUUAAAGCAACAUUGAAGAAGGUAAUGAGUGUGAAUACUUACAUUUAUGUUCGCCCAGACAUGGUAAAUAUGUUGAGUGCUUCCGGCUGUGAGCGCAAUUGGAGUGUGUUUGAGCAGAUUCACAGCAAAAAAAGGAAGCAACGCUUAAAUGAUUUGGUAUUUGUGAAAUACAAUCGUGCCUUAAAACUUUGGUAUGAUGCACGUGAUAAGAUUGACCUCAUCUCUUUGACAGAUAUUGAUGACAGUAAUGAAUGGUUGAUGGGUAAAAUGGAUGGAGAAAGUGAUAAUGAAGAAGAUGAGUUGAUUUUUGAAGGUGAUGACUUGACAUGGGAUGUCGUUGCUAGGGCUAGUGGAGCUGAAGAACCUGAAUAUUGUACUAGAGGAAAAACAUUGCAUCCAUGA